AGAAUAGAGCCAGCAGAUGCCAUGAAUGUUUUGUUUACUAACCUGCUUCAGGGCAGGCGGUCUCUCUUCCUUGUAGCAAAGGCAGCUAACCUUCGUUCUUGCUGACAGCGGAGUUCUAGCCGGACUGUGUGCUUGCCUGUGUCAGCUGACGUUAGCAUGAGAGCUAGCAUUCGGAUUUCGUGGUGAAUUUUGGGUUUAUUUUCGUUGCUUUUUUGUUGGUUUCGUCCUGUCAACGGAUACUCUUUUUUUAAAGAGGAACACUAUGAGAUAAAAAUAAGAACAUUUGUCAAAACCUUCUGAGUUGUAGUUAGCUAGCAGCUAGGAGGGACGAAUCUUUAUAACUUCAUGCUAACGCAAAGGGACUUUAUCGAAACCAGUUUGCGGCUGCGCGGAGAAGAAUGUGUUUUAGUCUUUAAGUUGCGGGCACACUCUGUUGACAGUGACCAUAAAUGCUGAUUAAAUGGCAAAAACCGAGCAGGGCAAUGGACUCCAGAUGCGUGGCAGCUCCGAGAAGUUGACAGAAAAUGGGAACGGCGGUUCUCCGGCUCCUGACCCAGAGGUGAACGGAAACAUCACCGAGGACAGGCAGGUGGACAAGUACGGGUUCCUGGGAGGCGCUCAGCAGACCUCCGGAGAACUAACUGAAGAAAUUCCCAUUGUGGUUUUGAGGCAGCGAGAAGCAAAAUGGCUGGAGAUGCUCAACAGCUGGGACAAAUGGAUGGCCAAAAAUCACAAGAAGGUAAAAGAGCGGUGUCAGAAGGGAAUCCCCCCAUCCCUCCGGGGUCGGGCCUGGCUCUACCUCACCGGGGGCAAAGUGAAAAGAGAACAGAACCAGGGAAAGUUUGAGGAGUUGGACAACAAGCCUGGAGAGCCAAACUGGGUUGAUGUCAUUGAGCGAGACCUUCACCGACAAUUCCCCUUUCAUGAAAUGUUCGCAGCGAGAGGAGGUCAUGGGCAGCAGGACCUGUUCCGAGUGCUGAAGGCUUACACUCUGCACCGGCCUGAAGAGGGUUAUUGUCAGGCUCAGGCUCCCAUUGCUGCGGUGCUGCUGAUGCAUAUGCCAGCUGAGGAUGCUUUUUGGGUUCUUGUUCAGAUCUGCGAGAAAUAUCUUCCUGGAUACUACAGCAAAGAGUUGGAGGCAAUCCAGCUGGAUGGGGAAAUUUUGAACGCUCUGCUUCGAAAGGUGUCUCCUGUAGCCCACCGUCAUCUGAAAAAUCAGAAGCUGGAGCCUAUCCUGUAUAUGACUGAAUGGUUCAUGUGUGCCUUUUCCCGGAGUCUGCCGUGGGCAUCAGUGCUGCGAGUCUGGGAUAUGUUUCUCUGCGAGGGAGUGAAGAUCCUCUUCAGAGUGGCUCUGGUUCUGCUGAAAUGCACACUAGGAUCCCAAGAAAAACUGAAGGCCUGCCAAGGUUUCUAUGAGACUUUGGAGUCGCUCCGGACUAUAAAGCCCCAGUACAUGAAGGAGGGGUUCUUGGUCCAUGAGAUCAUAGAGCUGUCAGUGUCCGAGAAAGACAUUGAGAAGGAACAUCUCACUCAGCUGCGGCGCUGGAAGGAGAACCGUGGAGAGGCACCCUGUAAGUCCCCUCCAAGGAUGCACGGUGCCAAGGCUAUAAUGGCUGCCGAGCCACCCAGCCGACUGGAUCUGAGACAGAAACCCACCAUCAUCGUGGAGUCCCCACUAGCGUCCAAAACAGACGGGGUCCAAGCAGAGGAAACCAGGAAAAGCAGAACGACUGUACAGGACAAUGGCCCUGCAGUAAUUCCCCCACCUAAAGAGUUCGCCAAUCCUUACCCCGCUCACAGCGACCCCGUGCCGUUACUGAAACCCACAACCUUACAGGUGUCCAAAGAAAGUCUGAGUAGUGAGGAGCAUGACACAUACCUUUAGAGGGCCAACGUUUGCAUCCGUUUACAACAUUCCAAGCUCACAUGUGUUAGCAGAAACUCUUACAGGUUUUCUGUCUCAGGAUUCAGUGUUUAGCUGGGAAAUUUACAUUUAUUGUUUAGUCACAACACUCCACUCCCAUUAUCCAAGCUGCUGCCUAGUAAAAGUGCAAUUUUCUGAUAGGAAGUUGAGCGUGAAUGUGUAUGAAGCUUUGAAAACUGCUUCUAAACAUGUUUGUUUGUCCAUCCAAGGCCUUGCAAGGACAUAGGUGAGUUUUCACUCAUAGAUUGAUUGACAAUGUGUAUAUUUUAGAGCAGAUUCCACCUCCUGCUGCUAUUCCAGAGAUUUAGAUUUGCUUUGUCAUUACAAAUAAGCUUUUUCUAGUGCACCUUCAACUUGUGUUCUUCCGUUUGCCUGUAUUAUCCACUACAUUUACCUGACCUUGUUUGUCUUAGUUGAUCAUUCUCGCACAUGAAGUAAGAUUAGUGCCCCAUCAUAGGCUUGUCUUUACCAUCUUUGAACACAAGGGGGCGAUCUAACAUUAUUAUUCUGCCUGUGCCAUACCCAGGUGACAUGUUUGGAGAAUGAAGAAAUGAAGUGUAAGGAUAUUUUUGCCAAUAAGCCAAAGAUUUGUAAUUCAUAUUUUACGUAAAUAUAAAUGUAUAUGGAAGU